CGUGCCGUCCACUUCCUGCUUCUUUGCCCUGGAUUUGCUCGAUCAGCUGCAUCAGCCUGUGAUCCGACGAAAGACACAAUGUCACAUCAAACGGGGAUUCAAGCGGGGAAUGACGUGAGGGACAUCUUUGCCACUGCCAAAAGCGGGGACGACUAUCGUGCCAUAAAGAUCGUCAUUGAGGAUGAGCAGCUGACUCUGGGCGGCACCAGGCAAGCAUCAAAGAAGUGGGAUCAGGAGUAUGAUUCCAUGGUGCUUCCCCUUCUUGACGACGACGUUCCCUGCUACAUUCUGUACCGGCUGGACUCCACUAACAACCAAGGCUUCGAGUGGAUCUUCCUGGCCUGGUCCCCCGACCACUCCUCUACGCGACACAAAAUGUUAUACGCUGCUACCAGAGCAACACUGAAGAAAGAGUUUGGCGGCGGGCACAUCAAGGACGAGAUUUUUGCCACCACUAAGGACGAAUUGAACCUCAGUGGUUACAGGAAGCAUCUGGUCUCGCAGGCGGCGCCGCUGCCCCUCACCGCUGCAGAGGAGGAACUGAGACAGAUCAAACUCAGUGAGGUGCAGACGGACAUCAGCGUGGACAGCAAGCAGCAGACCCUGGCUGGAGUGGCCUUCCCUCUGGACCGCGAGGCCGUCGCGGCGCUCGAGCGCUUCGGGGAAAAGAGAAUUAACUACGUGCAGCUGGCGGUAGAUUCCCAAGACGAAAUAAUUCGGUUGUGCAGCGUUGAGCCAACAGAAGUGAAGGAUCUGCCAUCGAGAAUCCCAGAUGACACCGCACGCUACCACUUCUUCCUCUACAAACAUUCCCACGAGGGCGACUAUUUAGAGUCCACAGUGUUCAUUUAUUCCAUGCCCGGGUACAAGUGUAGCAUCCGGGAGAGGAUGCUGUAUUCCAGCUGCAAAAACCCCCUGGUGGACAUGGUGGAAAACAAGCUCAAGAUUGACAUUGAGAAAAAGUUGGAAAUCGACAACGGAGAUGAUCUGACAAGUGACUACUUGUACGACGAGGUGCAUCCCAAGCAGCAUGUACACAAGCAGGCUUUCGCCAAGCCCAAAGGCCCCGCCAAGAAGGGCGGCCGGCGCAUCACCAGGCCGCCCGCUGAGGGAGAGGAGGAAGAUUAGACCCACCUCAGCCUCCGCCCUGAGCACGUUCCACACUGGAACAUUCCUGCAAUUGGUGGGGGGGGGGAUCGUAUUUGACACGCUUGUUUAAAAGAAUAAGACCUCAAAUUCCCGCCGAGUUCACCCAGAGACCCAACUAUGCACGCCAAGGACAACUGAGCAAUGACACACUUCACAAUUUCCAUUUGUAGCUUGCCAAAUGGAAACACAUCCACGUGUUGGUAGUCACUCAACAUACUCAAUUCAAAGAUUCCCAAAGUCAGAAUCGACUCGUUUUCUUCGUUGCCAGCUCUACGACUCUAGAAAGUUAGUGCAACUGAUGUGAACUUGCGCCAAUAUGAUAAAACUCCCCAUUCUUUGAGUUCACAUGCUCAAAUUCCUAACCGUCAUUCCUUAAGUCUGUGUCAAUUAAUGUUUCGUGUGUCCGUUGUGUUGAUUGUCUCCUACUGUUUGCACAAUGAGGUGCUCCAAAGCAGAAAAGAUAACGAUCCCACUUUGUCUCUUGAUUCGUCUUAACAGUGCAUUUUAUAUUGGAAAAAUUGACUUCUUUUUUGAUAUAACUGUGGUUUACAUAUAAAAGGUAAAAAAAUCAUCUGCUGAGAAACUUAUUUUUCUAUGCAAGUGCUGUACAUGUACAUAUUGUAGCUGUGUGAUGAUCUAUGAUAGAGAAUCCGUCUGGUCUGUGCUGGUGAUUGUCGGUGUCGGUGAGGAUCACAGUGAAUCGAACCGGGGCUUCCACAAAAAAACAAAAUAAAACAAAAAAAAAAAACCUUCGUUCCGUCAGUACAGCUCGCAGGAAGAGGAAGCUAC